CUUUAAACACGAAGGAAGAGAACUGUUCGAAGAAGCCUAAUUUGUAAAAUUAGGUGGUUGCAUUCAGCUGCACGUCUGGAGGAAACGAUAAAGAAGUAGCAUGUGUCUCAAAUCAUAAAAAGACCGGUGCUCCACCCUCACCAAACAGUAAACAACGCCUACUGACAAGCUUAUACAAUACUUUUUUAUGAAACGUUUUGCGUUUGGGCUCGACAGGGUAGAGUUUAUAAACAGGAAAGACCUUUCUACAAGUUCUAGUUUUUGAUGGGAUUUGUUGUUUAACAUGCCUCUACACGGGUCAAUGAACAUACAAGGAGCAGCACUGUUGAUUCUGCUGGUAGGCUGUCAGCUAAGUGUCUCCACUGACACUCCACCAGAGGUCAGGCAGUACAAUAGUACUCUGUAUGCAGCCUGCAAAAUGAGACCCAGCACCUCACUUCCUGUAGGCCUGCCAAAAGUGUAUGGUCAGGUACUGUUUAAACAGGAAUAUCCUCAGGGGAAACUUAAGGUCCUCCUUCAGUUCAGUGGCUUCCCCACAGAGAAUGCCCCAGUGCCCAGAGCGGUGCACAUCCAUCAGUAUGGAGACCUGAGCCAGGGUUGUGAUUCCACUGGCGGCCACUACAAUCCACAUGGCGUGCAUCACCCAAACCACCCUGGGGACUUUGGUAACUUUGUGGCCCAGCGAGGAAAAAUCAAUACGAUGAUAGAUUCUGAGGGCACACUGUUCACAGGGCUGUCUGUGAUAGGAAGAGCUGUGGUGAUCCAUGAGAAGGAAGAUGACUUGGGGCGUGGUGGUGACGCUGGGAGCCUGCUGAGUGGAAACGCAGGCCGCAGGCUUGGCUGCUGCAUUAUUGGGAUUUCUCCCCCCAGCCUCUGGAAUAUGAAGUAUAAGGCGUAUAAUGUACGGCAGGAAAAACGUAAGCUUGUGGAUGGUGGCUUACAGGGCAGUUAAGAGAUUUGCUGUGAUUAAAUCAUUGAUUGGAAUCAUUAUGUUGUUUUUAUUUUAAAAAUGGUGGAAACAUGUCUUGAGAAUUAAUCUUUUCCAAAAAUUAAAUAAAUUGUUACAGAUAUUCAUCGUUCCUAGAGGAUGAAGCCUUUUGACUUUAGUGAUCUUUAGACUUUUCCUCAAGCACAAUCAUUGGUUACAUUUUUUGUUUAUGACUAAAGUAGUUACACUACCCAAACUAAGGUGAACAUGGUCAUGUGAAUGGUCAUUUUAAAUAUUAUAUCUUGCUUACAAAAACCUCCAAUACAUCUGUGCAGUGCUGCUUUUUAUAUAAUUCUAUACUUAAAAUGGGUUUUUAUUCAGUUGAAAAUCAUUUAUUUUUCAGAAAUAAAUCCAUUUUGUGCACAUUCAACACA